GCCAUCAAUCGAUCUAGAACGUGUGUACGCAGUUCUUAAGCCGCUUUUCGAUCGUCCUCUAGAAUACGAACAUAUCUGAAUAUAGUGGAUACUCGCUUUUUUUCAACGCCAAGAAAAAUGUUGUCAAAGGUUAUUGUCGGUUCUUGCGUCCUACUGUACGUCAGUCUUACGGUUCAAUCGUAUCCACAAGGUUACGGUGGCAGCGCUGGACACGACGACGACGAGCACGUGGACUACUAUGCUCAUCCAAAAUACUCUUACAAAUACGGCGUACAAGACCCACACACCGGCGACUACAAGACCGCGCACGAAUACAGAGAUGGCGACGUAGUGAAGGGAUCGUACAGCGUGCACGAUCCUGAUGGUACAUUGAGGACCGUCGAAUACGUGGCUGAUAAGGAAAACGGUUUUAACGCGAUCGUUCACAAGACCGGUCACUCCAAUCAUCCAGACCACUACGAACACUAUUAAGCACCUGAAGGUUAGAUUAGAUGAUGUACUCCACAAGGUAAUUAUAUGGUUUACAACUUCUAAUGACUAUACUCAUUUUCCAAUAUAAAGGACACAGGAAAACAAUUAAAUAACAAUCUAGUCCUUAAUUUUAUUUAAUUGGCUUGACUUAUUUGUCAGUAAAAUAUUCACACAUAUUAUACUUUUAUACAUAUUAUAAUCAUUACU